AUGAUUCAGGGCCUCGAGAAAAACUGUUGUGUCUACAACCCUCUGUGCGGAGUGGAGGCGGAGAGGGAGACAGACUCUCGCGGCUGCUCAUCUCGCUGCCUGAGAGGCGGCUGGAGCAGCAGUCUGGUCUUCAAGCAGGUUAACGCCAACCUUUCUCCAAGGAGGGAGGGCCUCCCGCCGGUCUGUGGCCCCCACACACCCAUCCCCGAAGUCAUUUUCUGGGAUCCCAGGCUUAGGGAAUCAGGGGCCUCGAAGCCGUGCGUGGGCAAGAAAGCAGCCUUUGAAGGCCAGCCAGGCCUCGGGCGCAACAAGCGCCAGGCCAGCGCGGGAGGCUCCUCCCGUGACCCUUCUCCCGUGGCAGCGACCAGCCCCAGCCACCGACCCGAUCCGGUGCCCGCCCGCCGCGGCCUGCACGGCGAACCCAGCCCAGCUGCCCGCCCUGCGCCCCGCGUCCCGGGAGGCGCCGGGCCCCGAGCCCAAGGGAAGCGCGGACACACGCGCCCCGCCCUCCCUCGGACAGGCGCCCGCAGCCACCGCGGAGUCCCGCGGGGCCCCCGGGGCCCGGCGCGCCGUGGGAGCGCGGGAGGGGAGGGCGGGGCCGGCGCGGAGAGGGGGCGGGGCGACCCCCCUUCAGGCCGUCCCUCCCGCCACCUACCCGCGGCGGCGGCGGCGGCGGCGGCAGCGGCCACGCUCCGGAAGCCGUGCCCGGUGGCUGGGCAUCAUGGGAAUGGCACGGCCGAGUUCCGGGGGAGGCGCGCGGCCCGGCCGGACCCCCGCCCGCGAGAGCGCGCCCACCUGCACCGCGAGUGCCCGCGCUUGGACACGCACGGCGCGCGGGAGGAGCGCAUAGGGCAGCGCGGAAGCGUCCGCGGCGUCCGCGGGAGUCCGAGCCUGCGCGGGGACCCUCCUGUCCUCCCACCCUGGCCUGGCGGAACGCCCGGAGCCGAGAGCGCGCACAGCCCAGGGGUGCUGGAGGUCGCGCGCGUUGGCAAGUUGGCCACGGCGAGGGGCGUGGCCGUGGAGAGCUGGAGGAGGGCCGCCGGACCCUCGCACAGACCUUAA